AUGGCCCCAGACCUCCGGCAGGACUUCAACAUGAUGGAGCAGAAGAAGCGGGUGUCGAUGAUCCUACAGAGCCCGGCCUUCUGCGACGAGCUGGAAACCAUGAUCCAGGACCAGUUGAAGAAGGGGAAGAAUCCGACAAGCCUGUUGGCGCUGCAGCAGAUCGCAGACUUCAUGUCCACCAGCGCUCCCUCCAUGUAUCCUGCAGCUCCUCAAGGCGGCAUGGCUGCUCUCAACAUGAGUUUAGGCAUGGUGACUCCUGUGAACGACCUGCGAGGAUCAGACUCCAUCUCCUACGACAAAGGGGAGAAGCUGCUGCGCUGCAAGUUGGCGGCUUUCUACCGACUCACCGACCUCUUCGGAUGGUCCCAGCUCAUCUACAACCAUCUCACUGUCAGGCUGAACUCGGACCACGACCGAUUCCUAAUAGUUCCGUUUGGACUUCUCUACAGCGAAGUCACCGCUUCUAGUCUGGUCAAGUUAGAUUUUCAAGGUGAGAUCAUGGACCGAGGGAGCACUAACCUGGGAGUCAACAAGGCUGGCUUCGUUCUCCAUUCUGCUAUUUACUCUUCCAGGCCAGAUGUCAAAUGUAUCGUCCAUGUUCACACACCUGCAGGGGCAGCGGUUUCAGCGAUGAAAUGUGGUCUCUUGCCUAUUUCACCCGAAGCAUUGGCUCUCGGCGAAGUGACUUACCACGACUAUCAAGGCAUUCUGUUGGACGAGGAGGAAUGCUCACUCAUACAGAAAAACCUGGGCCCCAAAAGCAAAGUCCUCAUUCUCAGGAAUCAUGGCUUGGUGGCUGUCGGUGGAACUGUGGAGGAAGCCUUUUAUUACAUUCACAACUUGGUUACAGCCUGUGAAAUCCAGGUGCGAACGCUGGCCAGCGCUGGAGGCCCGGACAAUCUCGUGAUGCUGGACCCAACCAAAUACAAGUCCCGCUCACGUGUCCCGGAGGUGGACGAGAACGGGUCGUCUACACAGCCCAAGUGGCAGACUGGGGAGCAGGAGUUUGAGGCUUUCAUGAGAAUGUUAGAUAACCUGGGUUACCGGACAGGCUACCCCUACCGCUGCCCCGCUCUAAGAGACAAAACAAAAAAGUACAGUGACGUGGAUCCUCCCUCCGGUCACGGUGGUUACUCCUACGGGGAGGACAGUGACUCUGGGGCCCGCUCCCCCCUCAAACACAGCUUCCAGCGCGGCCAGCGGGACAAGACUCGCUGGUUGAAUGCUGGCCGACCCGACGAGCCCCUCGAGGACGGGCCGGACGGCAGCAGCCCCAAGUCCAAGCCAAAGUGGUCCAAGGAAGAUGGCGCCCGUCAAGCCGCGGUGGCCAAUCAGUUCAUACCCCUCAACACCAACCCUAAAGAUGUGCUCGAGAUGAGAAACAAGAUUCGUGAGCAGAAUUUGCAAGACAUAAAGACGGCAGGUCCCCAGUCUCAGCUGCUGUGUUCUGGAUCAGGGGUGGAGUGGACCUACACCCAGGGGGAGCUGGUGACCGCGUCCAAAGCCAUCAUAGAGAAGGAGUACCAGCCUCAGGUCAUCGUCAGCAAACAGGGUCCAAACCCCUUCACCAAACUCACCGACCGAGAGCUGGAGGAGUACCGCAGGGAGGUGGAGCUCAAACAGAAAGCUCAAACUAAAUCCAAGGAAGGCUCAACUUCAGGGAGGUCCGUGUCUCCGUCUCUGGCGUCCGCCAACGACUCCCCCAGUUUAGACCGAGCCGCCCCUCCCCCCGCCACCCCGGCCUCCGAGCAGGACAUGGGGGACUCCGCGGAUGACGUUUUUGCCGCCACGGAGGAGGAGGAAGCAGCGGUGCCGGCUCUGGGGUCUCCGCAGAAGGAGUUCCACAGUGCCGUGCUGCGGGCCCUCAGUCUGGAGCCCGUAGAGCCCACAGAACAAACCGAGGAGCCAGAGGAGGAGGUGAUGGAGCUAAAACCGGCCUCCACUCCCCCCAGCACUCCGGUCCAAGCCGAGGAAGGAGAUGGAAAUGCUAAAGAGUACCUGUUGCCAUAG